AACUGUUAAAUAUUAAUGAGGCCGCGCUUACAUUGGUUACCUUCAUUGAGGAUCCUCCCACGGUAUUUAAAUAAUAUUCAUGAGCUAGUCUUAAGUCAUUCUAAACACACCCCCUGAGAUUUAAGCACCGGUUUUCAGAAAUAUUUCCCACACGAAGCAGCCCUGAUUUAUUCAUUACACACAGUUGUUGGUCUUUGUCUCUGAGGAUAUUUGACUACUGAGAGACAGAAUGACGACCUGCGGUCUCGUAACUGAACAAAAACAGCCAGUUCCUCUGAAGAGCAUCAGAGUUGAGGUGCAGGUGAAGAGUCAUGUAGCUACAGUCACCUCCACUCUGCAGUAUGUGAAUGAGGAAGAGCGCCACCUGGAGGCCUUGUUUGUGUUUCCUCUGCCUGCUGAUGCUGCUGUCUGUCACUUCAGUGCCAAGAUCGGAGAUCAGGAGAUUGUGGCAGAAGUUCAAGAGAGACAAACUGCGAGGGAUCAGUAUGAUGAUGCUGUGAGUUCGGGUCAGCAGGCGUUUCUGUUGGAAGAGAGUAAAGAAAGUUCUGAUGUGUUCAGACUGAGUGUUGGGUGUCUGUCUCCGGGUCAGAACGCUGACAUCACCAUCACAUACAUCACUGAGCUCUCUGUGCAGGCCGACCACUCGCUGCGCUUCUGUCUGCCUGCUGUACUCAACCCCAGAUACACACCAGCAGGUUCAGAUGCUGGAAUAGUUUCAGAGAUUUCGUCAUGUGUCUCUGUUCCCUACACUUUGACUCUUAGUGUUCAUGUGAGCUCUCCAAACCCCAUCUCCAAACUAGAGUCCAACUGUACUCUGGAUCCUCUUGUGUUCCUCAACUCUGAUCACACUCAGGCAACGGUGAAUCUGAGUUCUGGUCACAAGUUUGAUAAAGAUGUUGAGUUGUUUCUGUACUAUCAGAAUACCCAUCAGCCCACUGCUAUAGUGGAGGCAGGAGUGACCACAGCAAAACCAGGUUCUCUGAUGAGUGACCCAGUGGUGAUGAUAAGUUUGUAUCCAGAAUUCCCAGAGGAAGUGAUGUCAUCAUUAGCAACGCGGGGCGAGUUUGUUUUUGUGAUUGACAGAUCAGGCAGUAUGGACUGUAUGAUGCAUCGUGGGACAGGAGCACAAAUGCGUAUAGAAAGCGCAAAGGAAACUCUGCUGUUACUGUUGAAGAGUCUGCCCAUGGGCUGUUACUUUAAUAUCUAUGGAUUUGGCUCUCAUUUUGAGUCUUUCUUCCCUCAGAGUGUUGUGUACAAUCAGGACACAAUGGAUCAGGCACUGAAAAAAGUCAAUGAAAUGACAGCAAACAUGGGCGGCACAGAGAUUUUUCAGCCCCUGAAACACAUCUACAGUCAACCCUGUUACCCUGAACACCCAAGACAGCUGUUUGUCUUCACUGAUGGAGAGGUGGGGAACACUAAAGAGGUUCUGGAUCUUGUGAAACUUCAUGCUCACUCUCACAGGUGUUUCUCAUUCGGGAUUGGUGAGGGUGCAAGUACUGCCCUCAUCACAGGAAUGGCCAAAGAAGGAUCUGGACACGCCCAGUUCAUCACAGGCACAGACCGCAUGCAACCCAAAGUGAUGGAGUCUCUCAGGUUUGCUCUUCAGCCUGCAGUGAACAAGAUCUCAGUACAGUGGAAAGUACCAGAUGGCAUUACGGUUGACACACUGUCUCCAGCCAUCAGUGCGAUCUUCCAGGGUCAAAGGUCACACAUUUAUGCCCAACUUAAAGGACAGAGUUCAGAAAGCUCUGAAGGAUCAGUGAUAGUUCAAUACAACCUGAAAGAUCAACCAGUAACAAACCAGCUUCACUUUUGCCUUAAACCAACUGAGGACACUGGGUUGUCCAUCCACCGUUUGGCGGCCCGCUCUCUGAUCCGCCGUCUGGAGCAGGAGGAGAGGAUAGGAGGUGUAGAUGUGGAUGAUAUCAGGAGGAGGAUGGUGGAGAUCAGUGUUGAAGCAGGAGUGAGCAGUGUUCAUACAGCCUUCAUUGCCAUUAAUAAACACAACAGAGAGGCUGUGAAAGGACCUCUGAUACAGAGAAGAGUACCAACACGAGGUCAAUUUAUGUCAAGUUUAGCAGUAUAUGGGAUGUGCGAUUCUCUAGGGAUCAGUGAUUGUAAAAAUUGUGUUCGUUACAAGAAAUCAUUUAAUUUUCCAAGGAUGUCCAAGCGCUUAAGGACUGGUUCAAGACGAACACACAGGGCUGAAACGGUUUCUGCCGCAUGUAUGAAAGGAAGCGCGAUUCACAACCAAACAAAAGAUAUUACAGAAAGGCUUCAGGCUGACUCUCUUUUAAAAUGCGGACUGAUGGAUAUUCCACCUGUACAAGAACAGAAGACUGGAAUUAUGACAAAGGCCAGAAAUUUAUUUCGUCGUAAUUCUAAAAGCAAGUCUGUACAAUCUGACCAGAGAAGCUGUCAAAGCAAACAAGACGAAUCUAAUCCUGAGAUGAGCUCUGAUCUCCAUGAUGAUCCUUUACUUCAGCUGAUUUCUCUUCAAAAAGCUUCAGGCUGCUGGGAACUGAACGCUGCUUUGGCUCGAGUGUUUGGAAAGACUGAAGAUGAGCUGACCAAUCAGAAACCAGCACAGGUGGAUGGGUCAGUGUGGGCCACUCUUCUGUCUCUCAUCUGGUUAUACGGCUAUAAAAUACAGCAACAGAUUGAGUGGCAGUUUGUGGCCAUGAAGGCGGCGUCAUGGAUCGGCUCUCAGAACGUGGCCAGUCUGUCUCAGUGUGUGUGUGAUGGGAAUCAUCUACUGGGAUGUCAAGUGAAAGAAGAAACUUUGGGAAUCUGAAGACUUCAGUGUUUCUACUUCCUGUGAUGUCAGAAGACCAAAUAUCUCUUAUGAAUAUUUAGUGUAUUUACAGCAGUGUUGAGGCUACAUACUCAGAUUGAUGGCUGGCCCACCCAGUCAGAAGAGACACAAAAUAAAUGAAAUCACGCAUAAAUUUACAAUAAUCUCUUUAAUAAUAAUUGCUCAAAUACGCAUAAUUAAGAAAUAAAUAACUAUUUAUAUAGGAUGUUUACUAUUUGUUUACCGUUGUUUUUUUGUGUUUAUUUUCUUUAUUUGUUCUUAAAUUAUUUUCCUUAUUUCCAUUAUUUGCUGAUCCAAAUAUUAUUCGUUCCAUGACUCAAAAAACGUAUUGUAAUCUGUAAAAUUGUGUAAUUUAAGAGUAGCCAUUGAGGUCCACCCUAUUUCACUAGUCCCAGACUAGACUGAAUGUUUGAGCUGUGCUACCUGAAAACAUUGUUUGCAUUGUCAUUUUUUUUAAUAUAUCAGUGUCAUUGUUUUGUCUCAAGAACCAGUAAUGUCUUUGUAAGGCUUGUUUAAUGAAAAUGAUCUGAAAACCUCUAUGUAUUGUGCCCGUUAUUUUAAAUGUUUUCAAAUAAAAUUUGUGUACCCUAAACUGA